UUUAUGGCAUAUGGCUAUUUCGAGCUGCACCCAUGGCGCUUUCUCUCGUCCGUCAUCUCCCACUCUCUGCUCCAACACUCCUCUUUCUUCCGUCGUCAAAAUCCUAUCAACUGAAUCCCCUCUUCACUUCCUCCUCCUCCUCCUCCUCCUCUUCAUUGCUCCCCUUCUUUCACCAACGAAAUAAAGCAACCCUCAUCCAGCGGCAAUGCACUCCUCUCGCUUCUUCUCCGGUCGGAAGCUCGGCCGCGUUGGUAUCUGAACAAGAAGCAGAGGAAUCCGAAGAUAGACCUGCAGCGCCUAGGAGGAGGCUAAUUGCGCAGAACAUACCCUGGACCUGCACCGCCGAGGAGAUCAAGAGCCUCUUUGAAAGGCACGGGACUGUGGUAGAUGUUGAGCUCUCCAUGUAUGAUAAUAGCAGAAACAGGGGCUUGGCAUUUAUCACCAUGGCUUCAGAGGAAGAGGCUCUUUUGGCUCUCAAUAAUCUGAAUUCUUAUGACUUGAAUGGUCGAGUAAUAAAGGUGGGGUCUGCAAGGUCUUUGAAGAAAAAUCCCGGUCUGGAAACAAUAGCUCCAACAACAUUUAAUGUAUUUGUUGGCAACUUGGCUUGGAGGGUAAGGUCUCGAGAUCUAAGAGAGCUGUUUGGCAACGUUGGGAAACUGGUAUCUGCUGAAGUCAUUUUCCAAAGCAAUCCGAGGAGAUCAGCCGGUUAUGGAUUUGUCUCCUAUGCCACAAAAGAAGAGGCAGAGGCAGCAAUAGCUGCUCAUAAUGAGAAGAGAUUAAUGGGAAGGAAGAUACGCUUGGUUCUUGGAAAGCCACAAGCCUAUAAAACUGAAGAACAAUCUUCUGGUGAUAUUCUAUCUUUAUUGACCUCAAGGGAAUCAAAUCCUCAAGGAGAAAUUCCAUUCCAAACUGAUGAUCGCUUGAUUUAGCACAAUUUUUAAUAACCACACAAUCUGAUCCCACUGCGGAUGUGAAGUAUCAUCAGCGAAGAAAGUGUUCUUAUCCCCAUU